AUGGCUGUUGAAGCUAACAUAGAAAACAGUUUGAAAAGAAAUAUAUCUCAUAGUAAUAAGGAGGACUUAAAGAAUCAGAUGAUCAUCAAACUGGUCAAAACAGACGCCCAUUUCAGACAUCAGCAACGUGGAGAACCAGACCUGACUCAAGAAGAGAAGAUCAGUAUUGCUGAAGAUAUCUUGAACAAGAAUCCUGCAUUAUUUUUGGAGCGUUACUCCCAGUAUCUCAAUAGUGAGGACAUACGUUACUUUGAGGAUCAGAAAGGCAAUUAUCUAAUCGACUUCUAUGUUGAAGAGAUUUCUAAACGAUGUGCAGACUCUAGACAAAAUGUGGUGAAAAAUCGGAGGUACCAAGCGCUGCAGAAACUUAUAGAUGAAGGGGAGUAUUUUUCUGAAAAUGAAAUGAAAUGGAGAGAGCCACUACUUUAUGAACAAAUGGUUGGCCAGUAUGUGACAGAAUCAGAGAAAGCUGCUCAGAUGGAACAGGAAAUUGACAAGAGUGAUCUGAGGUUUUCAUCCAUACUUCUGAAACAUUUGGACAUGCAGACCAACAAACAGGUCUAUGAGUUUCAGAAGGAAAAGGAGGGCGAGCAAGAAGAGGAGGAAGAAAAAGAAAGUAAUGAAAACAUAAGUGAAGCAGAUACUGAUGAUGAAGAGGAGAUAGAUAACAAGAAAGAGAAAAUUUCUGAAGCUGAAAGAAUGUAUUUCCGUGAUGAAUUUUUACGCACGAUGCAAGAGAAGUUUUUAUCAGGGCAAGAUGCCAGCUUUGAUUACAGUAAAGUGGACAAUAAUGCAGAUUAUGAUUCGUUGGACAUUGCUGGGCACGAUGCAGAGGAGAAAUACUUUGAUGCUGAUGAAGACAGUGACAGCAGUGCUAACACAGUGCAGAGACGUGAUAUGCAACUGACAUCUUGCAUGGAUGAGAGUGGCUGUAAUGUGGCAGAGAGAUGA